ACCCAGGGGCGCCCUGUCCGGCGGCGCUCUAGCCCUCCUGCACUGUCUCUAUGUUCCUCCGCGUCUGGUCUAUUUAUUGUCGCGGGGAAGCGGCGGCCGCCCCGUACCCGGAACAACAAAGCGAGAAAGACGGAGCCCGAGCCUCGGGGGCUCCUAGCAACGGGCCGGGGCGGGAGUUCCAUGGAGACUGGGGAGCGUGCCCGCCUCAUCAUCAUCCUUGUCCUCCAGCUUAUCCUUCGCGUCCGACGCAACCGGCAGCAGCGCUGCCGCCGCGUCCUCUGCCGCCGCCCCCUCUUCCCACGGAUGUGAUCUUCGUGGUGGGAAGCUAAGUUUUUAAACUACCCCAAUGGAUGCAGACAGUGAUGUUGCAUUGGACAUUCUAAUUACAAAUGUAGUCUGUGUUUUUAGAACAAGAUGCCAUUUGAACUUAAGGAAGAUUGCUUUAGAGGGAGCAAAUGUAAUUUAUAAGCGUGAUGUUGGAAAAGUGUUAAUGAAGCUUAGAAAACCUAGAAUUACAGCUACAAUUUGGUCCUCAGGAAAAAUUAUUUGCACUGGAGCAACAAGUGAAGAAGAAGCUAAAUUUGGUGCCAGACGUUUAGCCCGCAGUCUGCAGAAACUAGGUUUUCAGGUAAUAUUUACAGAUUUUAAGGUUGUUAACGUUUUAGCAGUGUGUAACAUGCCAUUUGAAAUCCGUUUGCCAGAAUUCACAAAGAACAAUAGACCUCAUGCCAGUUAUGAACCUGAACUUCAUCCUGCUGUGUGCUAUCGGAUAAAAUCUCUAAGAGCUACAUUACAGAUUUUUUCAACAGGAAGUAUCACAGUAACAGGGCCCAAUGUAAAGGCGGUCGCUACUGCUGUGGAACAGAUUUACCCAUUUGUGUUUGAAAGCAGGAAAGAAAUUUUAUAAUUCAUCGCUUAAUUGGUUAGAAUCCCUAACUGAGCACCUUUUAAACCUGCUGCACAUUAGACUCAAAACAAAAGGAAAACUGGACCAACAGUAAUUGAGGAAAUAGACUCUUUUAUGCGUUCACGGCUACAGUGUAAGCACCAGUCCCUUUGGAUUUUAUUUCAGACCUUGCUGUAAUAUAAAAAGGAAGUUUACAAGACAUGACGUUGCUGCUUUUACACAAAGACAUUCUAUUUAUUUUCGCAGUAAUUCUCAUGUCCCCAUAAGCAGAGCUGUCACAGUGUGCACUACCUUAAAUUGUUUUGUUGUUAUUUUUUUCCAGUUUGAGCUAAUGUGUUUUAUUUGUGAAUAGUCUUUUACAUUUUUGUAUGCUGAAUAUGGGCACCAAAGAACCUGUAAAAGUUAUCUUUUUCAAUUGAAUGUGCACAAAUAAAAGUUUGGAAAAGGUC